AUGGAUCAGGCUGAGGACUUUUCCGCACAAUCCAACAACCGUUACUUCUUCGGUUUCUGGGAGCGCCAAUUCCCAACGACAUUUCAACCAAUAGUUCCUUCGAAAUUUAGAGUCUCCUUCGUAGUUCCGAUCUGCGGUGCUGAAGAGUUAGUCCAAUUCUCUACGCUCUUCUCACAAACGGUAACGAAGGAGUUGAGCGAGGGCCACCUCUGGUACUCCAUAGUGACCCGACCAGUGACCAGCCGUUUCACGCGCUUUGAAAGGGUGGCCUGUUGCCUACUUCUACUUCUCCUGUUUAUGAUCACCACGGCUAUGUUCUAUCGAAACGAAGGACCUUACGUUCAGACAAAUUUGCUGACAAUUGGACCCUUCGCAAUAACUUUACGAGAGGUAACUAACAAUCGCGACCUCAGAUGA